AUGAGCUCCGGAAAACCAUCAGUCGGGCUCGGGCCGCUAGUGGAAUGUUCAGAAGGAGUCGAUCCUGAAGAUCUAAACGACACAAGAGGUUUGUUUUCAAUCUGAAAAAUAAAGUUACUUCUUUCCAAAAAAAUUUUAGGUAAAAAAAUACCGAAAUUUCAGUUCUGUUAUAAAUUUUUUUCUGAGCUUUUUAUUUAGAAAAAUUAACAAAAAAAUCGCCCAAACUUUUUCAAAGUUCAUAAGCAAGAUCAAGUUCCAAAUAAAAAUUUAUUGAAUUUCGAAACUUUCAAAAAAAUUCAACCACGGGGAAAGGGCACAAAAUGAUCUUUCUCUGUUCGAAAAACAAAAUUUCCAUUCGUUUUUGCAACUGGGAUGAACGUGUUUUCCGACAUAAGUUCAUUGGUUAUUAAUAAUAGGUUUACAAGCUCCCUCAGAAGCAAAGAGAAAUCCGCGAAAAAAGAGGCGGAGCCCCCGAAAUGAGUGCUUGGAAACGAAAAAGCUAUUGUCUAUGAAACGCACCUGCCAAUUUUGCUCCUUGGUGAAAAUCUGAAAAUCCGUGUAUAGCAAGAAGGAGCGCUUUAAUUGGCGCUCUUUUCAAGCUGGAGUCCAUAUUUUGGCUUAUCUGCUUUAUUUUUGGCGUGAUUUCUCUGUAUUUUCUGGUGGUUGGAGUGGUUAGGACUAUCGAUGGAGUGUUGGGUGAGCCGUUGAACUUUUUAGAAGUCUGGAAUUCUUUAUUUUUUGAUCAACCAGGUGAAAAUGAGAAAGUUAUCAAUGAAAAAAUCAAUAAAUCCCUGGGUAUCGUAGAAUUUUCUAACUACUUCAAUCUGAAAUCGCUAAUUGGAACUUCCCUAUUUUUCCUAUUUUUUUUUUUUGAAGAUUUAUUGUAAAACAAUGAACUUUUUCAAAUUUUAUUGCCGAGGCAACUGGUGUAAGAAUAAAAAUUAGACUUUACGCUGCGAGUUUUUCACACUUGUCGGGAGUUUUUUCCGCGGGAAUCGUUUCUGUACAUUAUCCUUUUUUUACUGUAAUUUUUCAGUUCAGAGCAAUUAGUAUUGAAAGUAAAUGAAAGUGGAGAUUGGUUCAAUGAAUAUAAUUUUUCAGCAGAACAUGUCAUGGCGGAACGGAGCAGAGCCAUCGAAGACUUCCGAAUGAGGGUUCGCGAAACCCCGUCGAAGUCGGGCGAAGGAGCGACUUCAAGAAGGAAAAAGACGGGUUCGAGGCUGAGUCUAGUCAGUCUCUUCAGUUUCACUUCGUCUGGAGGAGCAGCAGCCCGUGAGAGGUAUUUUCGAUUUUUUCAUAUGCAUUGACUUCAAAACUUUUUGAGGAAAUUUUCGUUUUCUCCCAUCACUUUUUGAAUAUCUGUUUAAAACUUAUUUCCGUUCUCUGGACUGUCCACUUUCAUUUGAAAAGAGACAUUUAUUUCAGUUUAUCCUGAAGUAUUCCGAAUCUUAAAUAUUUCAUGUAGAUUUUUUUCAGCUCAAAGAAUUACACGAUUGUCAAAAAUUUCAGAGCUGAAAAAUAAACGUAGUGACAAUUAUAAUGUUCAAAAUUGUGGAUUUCAUUAGAAUUUCAAAAAAAUCGUUUCUAUACAAAUAAAAAUACUAAACCAAACAAAAAAUUGUUACGCUCACCCAGUUUUCAUUCGAUUUCCAAAUCAAAUUUUAAUGUAAUAGCAAAAAUUCAAUUUAUUAUAAAAACAUGACUCGAUUUUGCGAUUGAAAAAUUAUGACAAAUGGUUAUUUCUGAUGCAAAAAUGACUAAACCUUUUUUGGUUCCUCAUUUUUGUCUACGGAAAAGUUUUCAAUUACGUAAAAGGACAGCAUGAACCUAAUAUUCUUUCGAGUUCUUUGAAAUCGCUAUUUUAAUCCCGAGGAAGUAGCCGAAGUUUAAGUGAAAGGUAAUAGUUUACUUAGUUUCAUUGCAGGUGGUUUGAAAUCUUGAAUUUUUAUUCAUCAGAGUUUUUUAUUCAUAGAAGUAAGUCAAAGAAAAAAACUCGAUAGUUCCAUCAUUUCACGGUUCAUUCUUUUCUUUAAAACUGAACUCCUUCAAAAAGAACGAAAAUUGUAAAGUAAUCGAAUUAUCGCCAAACUCGUUGUCAGCGAUUAGUUUUUCGUGAAAAAAUCACUUGCGACACAUGUUCCACUUUCUUUAACAUUUUAGUUAGCCUCAAGGUUUUUUUUCUGAAAAGCAGUCGACAAAUCGAUUAAGAACUCUAUAACUACCGGGUCGGGCGAAAAGUCAAAAAAAGAUGGAAAAACUCAGGAAGAGCUUUUUUUCGGCGAUUGUGCGAGUCUAUGUGUUUGCCUAUGUCGUUUCUUUUCAUUCGUUGCGUAAAUAGAACGUCGUCACUUGUAUUUUAUCACCAGUACCUCUCGAUCGUUCUAAACUUUCUCCGGUCACGCGUUCCAAGGCUUUUAUCAGCUUUGCAGAAAGGUAACUCUAUUUGAAGAGUUUUUGACUGCUCGGCUUUUACAGAUUUUUCAUGAAACAUCAUUUUUUGACGUGGCAAAAAUUGUCUGUUGUUUUUCGAGAGAGAAAACUAUUAUACAUCUUUCAGUAGUGGGCUCGUUUCUUUUUAGCUUGGUCUGAUAUUUUUUCUGCUUUCUCUCUUAACUUUUAUUUUUUUUUGUCUUGGGGUUUGCGACUUAUUUCGAAAACGAUCAGUGAAACAGAAAUUUGGUCUUACCCUUAUCAAAAACUGAAAAAUGUUUUAUUCAGUUUUUUAAAAACUUUUUUAUGUUAUGAAUGGAGAGUUUUUUUUACAGACGGUCUUAACAGCCUAGUAACAAAUCUUGGAUCACAGAAUUUUUUUUAUGAAAAAAAAGUCUGGAUAGUUUUUGGAAAAAAGGUUGAAAGGAUCUGAAGGCCAAACGUGUACACCUGGAUGUAUGCAAGUGAGUGCGGGAGUGUAAUAGACCUGCGACCUCCCUUGUGUGCACUCUGUACUUUUUUUCAACCUUCCGGCGACCCAAACAGGCUUCGCUGAAAAAUCUCUACUCGAGUUGUUCUCGGAUUUACCCCUUCUGACGUAACCGUUCUUCUUUCAAGCCUGACGAAAUGAAUUCAGAGCUCCUAUUUGAACUAGUAAAGGUGUGAGGAAUCAUACCUUUCCAGAAUCUUUUCCCUUUUUCAAAAUCUCAUCUGAAAGGAAAAUUGAGAUUGCUGUGUUCAUUGGAAAGUCUACGAAUGUUUUUCCAUUGAACUGAAUUCAACUUUCUUGCUUCUCCUUGUAUUUUCAAAACGAAAACGGACCAGUAGGCAAACAAUUCAGUUUUGAAUACACAUGACACGUUUGUGUUGUGAUUUCUUCCUUGUCAAGUUUUCGUUAGCACAUAGGAACUCAAUGAGCAAGUUUAAGUAGGAAUCAGCUUACAAGAAGGUCAUUUUUCUUUUAGCUCAAGUAUACGAAGAAGCUUGUCAAAAACAGUAUUUGUUGCGUUAGAUGGAUAUUCUAAGUUAUACCUAUUGAAAUGUUCAACUUUCAAAAGAGAAAAAGAAGUUCAGACUGGUAGACAAACAGUUUGUAGUUUGAUGAGUAAUUUUAAACAUUCAAAAAACUGCUAACUAUUUCGAAACAUUUUUGGCCAAUAAUCGAACCUUACUUGACACGAAGUAAAGCAUUAUGUUAGUAUCAAAUCUGGUAGCCCAAGGAAAAUUAGAAAUUUUGUCAAUUAAGCUCGAAAAAGGAAGUAUCAGACAUUCAAAAAGGGUUUUCCAGAUUCGGAUAUUUUGCUGAGUGAACUGCCAGAACCUCAUUAAUAUUCAUUUCGCGUCGCCUUUUUUUCCGGUCGCUUUUCACCCACGCGCGAAGAAAUGACGCGCACGAUCCCUUGUCUGUCUUCGAAUUUUCAUGAACGCAUCGUUGACCACGCAAUCCGUGCUUAUUUCCUCUACACGUGCCAUUCCGACCGUUUCCAUGACAUUCUUGGAAUGCUCAUUGGACCUCGUUGUUCUCUUUAUCCACGAGUUUUCUUGUGUGACCUCUAGAAAAUUAUUCUGGCAAACUUGAAAUUAGCGGAAUUAAAAAAAGGGCGAAAAAAUCCAAACGUGUUCUCGUGAGCAAUAAAAUUACCCAGAAAAAUUAAAUUCCAUUAAAAAUUCUUCCUGGAACUUCCUGCUCUUUCCUCGCUCUUUCUAUUGGCUUAAACAAAUUUCAAAGGUUUUUUUUUUCGUUAAAAAAGCUAUUAUUUUUCACCAAUGCAGUUUUAUUAUUUUGGCGGUCUUUCGUCGAUCUCACCAGCGGAUGACACAACGAACGGUGAUUCAAUAUGGCGCCACGUCGAAAUUUGCGUCCUGGGGUCCUUCCUGCAUUGUGAAGCGCUCUUUAUCUACGACGCUUCUAUUUUGCAAUUGGUUUAUGACCUCGCUGAUAGUGAUUGAUAGAAAGCUGUUAUUCGUCUCAAGCACUGUGGUUUUGGAUCCCAAAGGCUGGUUUGUCACGAGUUUCCCAGCAAGUACUGUCUUUUUUCAUUCUUCUCUAUGCUUUUUACAUAUUCAAAAGUUUCAGAUGAAAAAACUUUGAACAUUGAACCCGUGAGACUAACCUUUUGAUUUGCAAAACCUAGUUCUUAUGAAAACAAAUGAGCAGUUUCUCAUCUGAUUAUUUUCCCGCAAAUGGCAGGUAAAUAGCUAGUAGGGUGGUCGAAUUGCGAAAAACUGAAAAAUGGACGACAGCGUGGAAUCGAAUGAAGAGCGGUGAAAGAACUGGUUACGCGAAAUAAAAAGAUCCAAAAAGUGACGGUCUGUCUCACUUGGCUUGGUCUAACGGUAGCUCUUUUGUUAAUAUACUUGGUUUUCAUGUCAUUUACUCUUCAUUUUUAAAGUUUUAAUUUUUCUUCAAAUAGUUUAUGUUUUCCGGAUUCUAUCACCACUAAUUGAUACUUUCAAAACAAAAUGGUUAAUUAUCUUAUAAUUUUCUGGAAAUCUCAAAUGAUUUUUGAUCACGAAAAGUCUUCGAAAAAGAAAACUUUGAGGAUCUUUCUUGCUAACAUUUGCAAGAUGCAUCAAAAAGAAAAAAAAAUACUGCGAGACUGUCGAAUUUUGUGAUCGAACUGAUCUUUUCUCCGAGAAAAAUCCUUGCUGACACGAGCUAAUAUCAACAGAAAAUAAACCACUCUUUCCGAAACUUUAUUUAAGAUUUUCAUACCUUUUUGUUCUCAGCUUCCCUCAAUCCUAACGGAGCCUGCGUAUCGUUCUCAAGCUUUUAAAAAGAUUUUUGUUUCUUUAACGUAAGUUUUUCAAAUUUCUUGUUACUCACUUUGAAUUCCAUAAGUUUUUGCUGACUCGAAUGAACUCUGAACUCAUUGGAACUUUUAGAAAUGAUAGGAAAGAAUAUUUUAAACUAACCUCAAUUCGUUUCUGGAAAUUUCUAGAUUUACUUCGUUUCGCACCAGUGUGUCUACAAGAUAAUUUUUUUCCCAGAGGCGAUUUUGUAUCUUAUACGUGUUAUUCUUUUUUUAGACUAAAAUCGUACUUUUCUGCAGGUUCUUUGUACUUUCCUUGCGUCUUUCUUUUAUUUCCCUUUCCCAGACUUCCCAACACUUUUUGCGUGAGAAAGCGAUAUUAAUAGUUCAUUGUGUGCCUAGAAAAUUAAAUUGAAGUUGCUGUUGGCAGAGGGUUAGCUGACAUGCAAAUAAAAGACAACUCUGAAAUGUCACUCCGAGAGGAGUUGAAAUUAUUUUGCCCUUUGAAAAGUACACAACUACUAAUCAUUUAACAUUUCGAGUUCGCUGAAUGGGGCGUUACGAGAAGAGAUUUCAAUUAUCGCCAAUUAAUUAUGGUCUGGAACAAAGCCUUUCACGACUCAAAUAGCUCACAAGGGUGAACUAUGGACACGUUUUUCUCCGAGCUCAUUUCUCUUUCUUUUUGAAAAACUUGCCAGCGGAGGUUUUUUGAGAAAAGUUAGCGCACUUUUUUGUUUUGGCUUUUCGGAUUCAUAUUUUCCUUUAUAGUAACACAAAAAAAGCGAGUUUGAAAAGCUUGUACAACGGUUUCACAAAGGUAUUAUCUAUUGUGUCCGGUCGGCUUUUUUGACGCGAGGUAGAUCAUCCCGAUUGGGCAAAUUUGCAUGAGGAUAGAAUCAUAUGUGGCAUAUCGCCUCGGUCUCCUGUUUGUUCAGUUUUGUCGUUUUCAAUUAAUCUUCUCUCUCUAUACAAUUUUGCAUCCAUCAUCCGUUCAAUCCCUUUUUUUCCCAUAAAAUUUGAUGAAAUGCGCAUAUUUCUUUUCAAAUCAUCUAAUUAAAAAAAACGUGAUUCAAAAUUAAUAUCUUCUUCUGAUUUAAUUUAAGCUGAAAAAUGCGUUAUUCAAUUGAAAUAAUUAUAUGGCAAUAUGAUUUGCGAGAAUCUUGGAAUUUAAUUUUUUUCCUUGUGAAUGAUUUAUAUUUUGUUUCUAUUCUUUGCAACUAGUGCGGUUAAGCAAAAAAAUUCAAAGGCUCUUGGGGAUGAAUUCUAGGAAAGUUUUACAGGUCUCGCUCGGGUUGGUCUUACGGGGAAGAAGGUGCGGGUACUGUAACCAUGUCAAGCGUCUCUGCCAGUGACAUCCGAGUAGCAGUGGCCGGCUCAAUGAACUCCAAUAAAAGGUGGGAGAAUUCCGUUGAUCUAUUCAGUUCAAUCGGCAGAAGCAGAUAAAAAUUAUAGAUAAGGGGAGAAAAAAGUUUGGCACGUCAUAUACAUUUCAAACUAUUGUAACGCAAAAUGGCUCCACGAAAAACUUUUGAAGCCAGGAUUACCAAAGUUUUAAGGUAUCGUGGGAGCGACGCAGGGUCUUGCGCAGACGGAGGCAGUGACCACGUAGCCGAAUCGCUUCUUGCCGGAGAAGAAGAAACUGCUGACGAGCCGCUCAGUGAAGGACAGACGGUGCCUAAGAAGGUGAUUUUUCGUCAUCCCUUACGAUCAAAAACAGAAUCUCUUCCAAUUAAUAUCGGAAAGUUGCAAAAUAACAUCCUGAAAAAGUCUUUUUCAGAUCAAAUUUCAUGCAUGCUUGGAAUCUAAACUGAUACGUAAUUUUUCAGAAAAGCACAAAAGCAGGAAAAACGCGAGAAUGCCCACUUUGCUGCAUGACACAGUCGUACGCCAACUUUCCCCGAUUACUUGGCUGCCAACAUCGAAGUUGUCGGUUAUGCCUGAUGCAGGUUUCGCCUAUUCCUUUUCAUUUCAUUUCAUUUUUUUUAAAUUCAGUAUGUCGAGCUGGAAAUCAUGGAGAACCGUGUCGAGAUAUCCUGCCCAGAAUGUCCAGCCUUCCUUCACCCACAAGAUAUCAAGUAAGUUAGAGUUCUUCGUCCAUCUAAAGAGUAUGUUUCAUCACAGGAAGCUAGUCGGCUACCGCAACGGCCUAAUCGAUAAGUACGAGCAGUUCAGCAUCCGGCGGUACCUGCUCUCGGAGCCUGAGGCCAGGUGGUGUCCGGCACCAGAUUGCGGGUAACUCCGAAGCUUUCGAGUUUUCUUCUAAUUGGCUCUAAUUGCAGUUACGCCGUGAUUGCGUCAUCAUGUGCCGCGUGCCCACAACUGAAGUGUGAACGUGAUGGCUGCGGAAUGCUCUUCUGCUACCACUGCAAGGUUUAUAAUUGCCCUCCCACUUUCCACCUAGUUGGAGGGUUCCUAAAUCAAAUUUGCGGACGAUGUAAGAAAAAUCGGAAAGCAAUUAUUGCUGACCUUUUCGAUGGCUAUAAGAGUGAAGGUCAAACAAGACUUGAAGUAAAAAAAGGCUGAUUUACAGGAACCAAUAAAGUGCAUAAAAAAGAUGGAAAAUUGCUUUUUCUCAGAAAGAAAUCUUUUAUCGAACUCUUUUGUAAAUCAUACCAAAAACUUUUGUUCAAACCUGAUCCGAUCGCAUGAGAGGAAUCUCCAAAUGUCUGCAGUUAUCUAAUUUGAAAUAAGAUAAAGCUUCCUUUUUUGAAAAGGGACUAGACAAAACCAAAAAGUAUAGAAGUACUGCUUUUGGAUAUGAAUCGUUUUCAGAGGGAAUGGCAUGCAAACCAAACAUGCGAUGAGGCCAGAAGAACUCGCGGGGGAGCCGGAAUUUCCUCUCUUCGGUCUGGCCGACGAAUUACGUCUUCAAGUAUCGACGCACAGCUCAAACGUUAGUUCAAACCCUGGGAACUGUUCAAAAAGAAGUUUUCCAGCUGGAGAUGUGAAAGCGUGUCCGAGGUGUCGCACAUUCAUCGUCAAAAUGGACGACGGCUCCUGUAACCAUAUGGUGUGCGCCAUGUGCUCUGCCGAGUUCUGCUGGCUGUGUCUCAAAGAAAUCAGCGACUUGCACUACUUGAGGUAGGGAGUUUGUUUCUCGGGGCAGUUUUCAAUGUCUCUCGGCUUUUCCUAGCUUUUACAGAUUUUCUGAAAUUUCAAAAUUUAAAAUUUAUCAAAAUCAUGUCUAUUGUCAAAUAAAAACCUUUAAAAAAAGCCGAAAAAUUCAGCCAAAAAAUCUCAAACAAUGAAAAUUUCAGCCCGACCGGUUGCACGUUCUGGGGGAAGAAACCGUGGACAAGAAAGAAGAAGCUUUUAUGGCAGUUGGGAACUCUGAUAGGCGCUCCAGCCGGUAUCGCUUUCAUUGCUGCUCUGUCGGUUCCUGGAAUCAUAUUUGGAGUUCCAGUUUUUGUUGGCAGAAAGGUUGGGCAUAAAAACUCAUAGUAGAAAAAAACUACUUUUUUCAGGUCCAUCAGCGGUUCAUUCAUCAAUCCAAGUGGCGGCGAAGGAUCCUGACAGCAGCUUGCUUUGCUGGAGCUCUUUUUGUUAGUCCCGUCCUGGCUAUAAUGGCUGUCGGUUAGUUAAUCCUUCCCAAAAGAUGACAGACUCAGAAACCAACUCAAAAAGUAACGCGUUUCCUAAUACAAAGAGAUUCAGGAGUUGGAGUUCCGAUAAUGUUGGCGUACGUCUACGGCGUCGUGCCUCUUUCGUUGUGCAGAAACGGAGGCUGCGGUCUGUCCAGAAGUAACUCUCAAGCGCAGUUCGACUCCUUGGAUGAGGAACAGCUUUGGAGUGGUUCUCCUGGUGAGGAAUACAAUUAGAACUCGAUCUGAAUAAACUUUAAGUUUCUUCUUAAAUUUUCAAAAAAAUCAAACUUUUCUGCGCUUGCCUCUCAAUUUUCAUCAGUCAUUAUAUUCUAGGAACCGAUCUCUCGCAACUUCUGCACGAAGAACGGCAAGCGAUGGAAGUCGUGUCCCUCGAUCCCACCAACUCUAUGCACAGCGGCUUUUCUUCGGCAGAAGCUCGAGGCCAGGGAUCUCUCCUUGUCGUAACCGCCGACGUCAACCGACGUCGACCCAGUCUCGAGUCAGGUGAGGUUUCCAUCUGAAAGACUCUUUAUCCGUUUCUCUUUUUAGCUGUUAACAGCAUCGAAGAAAAAGUGAAUUACGAAGAGGCGAGCGUGAAGGCCAUGGCGGGCUCACACUAUUACGAUGAUAAGGUUGCAUUCACAAAGUUCCGAUUUGUUACCAAAAACUUACAGAGCAUCCACACACUCUAUUCUGGCCAUGAAGCUGUUUCCUACACGGAUGAGAUCGCCAGCACGAAGGCCCUGGCUGGUUCAGUGAUAGAAACAAAAAGCCUGAGUGAAAGUGUCGGACGGCAUAUUUUGGCUCGUCAUGCUGAUAAAUCGGAAGGUUUGUCCAAAAAGUCAUAUUGGCAUUCUUAUGUUAUUUUUUUUAGAAGAGCACGUUUUUCUCUGCGUUUCUCCGUCUUCGACCGGAGAUAAAAAAGGCGACGAGCAGACGCCGUGCUCAUCGUCUUCUGGAGGAUCUGCCACGAGAAACAAACAUUAUGGAGUGAAUCGGUGCCAGAGUGAGUCCCUCAACUGAAUUUCAAGAGGGAAAAAGGAAAGUUUUCAGACGCAGAUGAUUUCCUUCUUGCGUCAGAAGAAGGCCUCCUGGAAAUUUCUGGUGCCUCUCGGGGAACCAAUCACAGCGCCUUUGGCGGACCUGGUCAUGGCAACGAAAUCGAACCAGAUCCGUUCAAGAUCCAUGCUCUUUUGGACAGCAUGAAACAGAUGGUAGCGGCGGACGUUCCUCUGGAAAAAUCUUACGAGUGAGUUUGAAAUUUAUGAAAACUAGGGCUAAGCAUUUUGUAACAGCUGUAGGGAAUAAAAUAUGGUAUUUACAAUGAGGCGAAAAAAUAUUGGUUCAACUCUGAAAUAUUUUGCUGAGGUACUCUUUUCAGGCGACCUAUAAUUCGUUUUGAGACCAACAAGAAGUUCAAGCAAAAAUUGAUUUCUAAGAAAAAAUAAUUCACUGAUGUUUCGGCGAAUGGCUAUUUUUGUGGCAUAAGAAGGAAACUGUUUGAUCAAAUAAUAAUUGAAUAGUGCGCAGGAAAAACAAUCAUCCAAUUCAAAACUAGUAAUCAUGCUGAAAAUUGCAGACCGACUCCUCUACGACCCACGGGAAAACUGCGUCGUUCGGGAAGCGGGAAGAGUAUGCUGGCCAUAGGUUCUCCUGGAAUCCUUCCAAGUCCCGUGGGCAUGUCUCACGCCUCGAUGCCGCCGCCGAGCAACUCGGACAACAUUUCGACGGCCGGAUCUUCCUCCAGCAAACGACGUCGCCACCUCGGCUUCUUCACCUCUCUCUUCUCCAGGAAAAAAUGA